AUGACAUCUGAACAGCCUGUGCCAUUACUCUUUUUACACCACCGAUCAACCCAUGGUUUUCAGAAUGACAGCCCAUUAGACACUCGAGCAAAGGCUCACGCAUCGAAACAAGGCCAUCUUAGAUCUAACCGACCAAAGAAUUUCAGGUUUGUGUCCUGCUUCUCUGGGGCUGGGGCUGGGGGUGGACGAGUCUCGGAUAUUGCCAAGACCAGUACUGCGAUCAAGUCUAGUGGUCGUCCCAGAAAUAGCAACUGCUCGCUCCACCGCCAACUGAAAACCCACGAUCAUAAACUCCAAACUGAGCUCUCCUCAAGAUCUGCGCCGCACAGCGCUAUUGGUUCUUCAACUCCAGAACUUGAAUUACCGGGGCCCCGCCUUGCGCAUCUUGACCUGUAUGAGGUUCCUUGCCAAGGUGAUGACACGUCUACGAGCGGCGCCUCCACAUGCUAUGAUCCCGUCCCCGAGACUUCUCACGACUGUCCCGAACACCUGUCUCCGGUCUCGUCUGAAGGACAAGAUCUUGGGAUAGUCGAUGCAACGAAGCCAGGCGCUGUCGCCAGCGAUGCUAUCCGAACCGCAACACCAAUCUCUUCGCCACAGAGUGCUCCGGAUUCUUCAACCCCGGCGCCCACGUCACAGCCGCUAGUACAAAGAUCUCCCUGUUACCACUUCUCCAGAGGAGGCUUCGGAGAUCCAGAUGACAACGUACGAUAA